AGCAUGGCAGGAAAUCCGAGAAGGGGCGCCGGUCUCAUCGGGUUGAUGAAGGAUGCCUUUCAGCCCCAUCAUCAACCCCUCCAGCCUCAUCAGCCUGCGGUCGUAGACAAGAAAAUGGUGGAAAAAUGCUGGAAACUUAUGGAUAAGGUGGUGCGUCUGUGCCAGAACCCAAAAGUGGCUCUGAAGAACAGUCCUCCCUACAUCCUGGACCUGCUGCCAGACACCUACCAGCACCUGCGCACCAUCCUCUCCCGCUACGAGGGCAAGAUGGAGACCCUGGGGGAGAACGAGUAUUUCCGGGUCGUGAUGGAGAACCUGACCAAUAAGAUCAAGCAGACUAUGAGCCUGUUCAAGGAGGCCAAGGAACGCAUGUACGAGGAGAACUCCCAGCCCAGGCGAAACCUGACCAAGCUGUCUCUGAUCUUCAGCCACAUGCUGGCUGAACUUAAAGCCAUCUUUCCCAACGGUCUCUUCCAGGGGGACAAUUUCAGAAUCACCAAAGCCGACGCUGCAGAGUUCUGGAGGAGGUCUUUUGCUGACAAAACCAUAGUCCCGUGGAGAACAUUCCGCCAGGCGCUCCAUGAGUUCCACCCCAUCAGCUCGGGUCUGGAGGCCAUGGCCCUGAAGUCCACCAUCGACCUCACCUGCAACGACUACAUCUCCGUCUUUGAGUUUGACAUCUUCACCAGGCUCUUCCAGCCGUGGUCGUCUCUCCUGCGGAACUGGAACAGUCUAGCAGUCACCCACCCAGGGUACAUGGCUUUCCUCACCUACGAUGAGGUCAAGGCCAGAUUACAGAGGUUCAUCCACAAGCCUGGCAGCUACAUCUUCAGACUGAGCUGCACCAGGCUGGGCCAGUGGGCCAUCGGCUACGUCACAGCGGACGGCAACAUCCUGCAGACCAUCCCCCACAACAAGCCUCUGUUCCAGGCUCUCAUCGACGGCUACAGGGAGGGAUUCUACCUGUUCCCAGAUGGGAGAGCUCAGAACCCGGACCUAACAGGACUGUGUGAGCCCUCACCACAGGACCACAUCAAAGUCACCCAGGAGCAGUACGAGCUCUACUGCGAGAUGGGCUCCACCUUCCAGCUGUGUAAGAUCUGCGCCGAGAACGACAAGGACGUGAAGAUCGAGCCGUGCAGCCACCUCAUGUGCACCUCCUGCCUCACGGCCUGGCAGGAGUCAGAGGGCCAGGGCUGCCCGUUCUGUCGCUGCGAGAUCAAAGGGACCGAGCCCAUCGUGGUGGACCCCUUCCACCCCAAAGCCGGCGGCAGCAGCGGGGCCUCCUUCGCAGGGUUCCAGAUGCAGUACGGGGCGGAGUUUGCCGGAGCCGUCUCCCCCGGCAACGACGAGGAGGACGAUGAGCGUCUGGAGGACCCCCACCUCAUCAUGAGCAGGCUGGCCUGCGCCAAGGUGGAGAGGCCCCCCUCCCCAGUCACUCCCCUGCCCCCUGUGCCCCCCCGCAUGGAUCUUGUACAACCAAGACCCCCGAGCUCUCCUGGAGCCCUGGGCCAGGGGGCCACGCCCAAGAUUUCGGCGCCCCACCGAGACAAGCCUCUCCCUCUGCCCCCCGCCCAGAGAGAACUCCCCCCUCCCCCGCCCCCCGAGCGCCCCUCCCCUCUGCCCCCCCCCGAGGCUCGGCUCCAGAGGAGGCCCCUCCCCUCCACCCCCGCCGAGCCCAGCUGGGCCUCCAACUACAUGAUCCCCCGGCCGGCAACCAAGGUGCUCCCGCUGCAGAGCAACGGCGACGUGGAGGCCGCCCGAGGGAAGCUGCCGGCCCAGAACGCCGCCAACGCCGUCUACUCCAUCGCUAUCCGGCCUCACCCAGCCCCUGUGGUGUCGAGCAGUGACAGGCCUGGGGCGAGCGAGGAGAACGAGUACAUGAGCCCCACCUCUCUCCCUGCUGGAGCCCCCUGGGUAAUGGCUGGUGCUGUCAUACCCCCACCACCUCCUCCCCAGACCACCAACAACCACCAUGACUCACGUUCUGUGGUGUGUGAUGGAGACUGGGAGGACCCCCAGGUGUACGAGUCCAUGUGCAACAUCCAGGCACAGGCUGGCGCAGCAGACGCCCUGCCACCACAAGCAGCAGACUCAGACCACCUGUACCUGCCCCCCGCAGUCCCCCCGCAUUCCAUGGUGGAAGCCGAGUCUGAAGACGUGUAUGAGUACGACUACCCCCGACCCGUGCUCCCCCCCGCCCCCGCCAGACGUGCGCUGUCUGACAUCACUGGCUCCUCCUCCAGCUUCAGCUGCCUGGCCCUGGACGGAGCCCCCCCCAUAGAGCCCACUAUGUUUGUAGCAGGCCCGGAACCCGAGCGACCCCCCAAGCCUCUCCCUCGACGAGUCAACUCUGACCGACGGCCCCACCCCCUCACCCCAGAAGUCCCACGCGGCCCAUCUCCAGGACGCUCCUCUGUCCCCUCCCCGUGCCCCUCCACCUCGUCCCUGGGCCCCGCCCCAGCCCUGCCCAUCAACGGGGAGAUCGAGCGUCUGAUGAGCCAGGGCUACUCCUUCCAGGACAUCCAGAAGGCCCUGAUGAUCGCCCAGAACAACCUGGAGACGGCCAAGAACAUCCUCCGAGAGUUUGUGUCCAUCCCUUCCACGGCCCACAUCCUUACGUAGCGGCCUCCUUGUCUGUUUCCUGUUCUCUACCCACUGUGCCAUAAUGGAUAGCAUUUACCUUGUGCUUUUGUAAAAGAGGUUGCCAAGCGCUUUAUGUUGGGAAAGGCUGGGAGGGGAACUCACCUCAGAGACAGCACAGCUAUACUGAAACUUAGAGGGAGAGAGGAGAGUGCUUUUGUGUGGCUUCUGUACGGCCAAGCCUGCUGACCUCUUUGCUAACUUGCCUGUGGUCUUAUUGUGGGGUGGCUAGUGCAUUUGUCACUGUUUCUGAAUGCAGUGUUUUCAAAGCUUACUGUAUCUCUAAGCCGCAAAAGGCUUAAAAGAAAGAGGUUGGGACUCGCAAUUAUUUUGCAGCAAACGUCAUUGUCAAAUGGGCAUACUUGAGUCUUUAACACUCCCUGUAAAGGCGGCCAUCUUAGUUUUGUGCAUACGCAAGUCGUGCAUACGGUAUGUAGCUAACUAGACAAGUCAGGUGGGAGACUAGCAUUUGACUGUGGUUUUGUGCAAACGCUAAAUGAAUGUGAAUCUCAAAGUUGCAUUGCAGUAUUACAGGGCUUCAUGUCAUACAUUUCACAUUAGUAGUCAUAAGUUAGAUUGAAAAGUAAAACAGACUCCAUCGGUUGCUUCAGUUGCUGGUUUAGUGAUGGUGAUAUUGUAUAUGUAUGAUAAUAAUAUAAAUGUCUAAAUGAUGUACAAGUAAUUUCUGGAAUGUACUGUAAGUGUAUAUUCGAUGUAGUAGCCUAACAGUGAUGGAUGAACUAACAUGCAACAUUUCUCAUAUUUGUUAUUUUUUUUAUACUUUCAUUUUCUGCCACCGUUCUUAGUGGUAUGAUGAUUACGCCUUACUUGUUUAUUCUGUGAAUAGCGUUUAUUAAGUUUUAAAGUGAGUUUCCUUCUUAUUUCAUAACAAGGAAGAGAGGCAGUUUAACAUGCCCUUUCUGAAUUUUCCUAUGUGCUAAUUCUUGUGCAAUUGGACUGCUGCUUGUACUUUUUGUAAUUUCUUUUUUCUUUAGUCAGGCUAUCAAUUUUCCAACAUAUUCAUUGGGCAGUUUUAAGGACAGGCAAUCUAUUUUAAGUCAUACACUCAUACUAUUUUUGUGAAAUGAAGUACAUAAUUGGCACUACCUCAUAGUAGACUUGCUUUGCUGCCUAUUCUCUGGGAAAAAAUACUCGUACAAUGUUUUUUAUUCUUGUUCUCAAAAAACCGACCCUGGUCCACUCUCUGUAAGUGAAUCUAUAUUUGAACUGUGUCUUUUCUUUGCUGUUAAUCCUUAUUCCCUAGAAUGUGGCUUAUCACUGUUGAGCAUUUGUUGAUGUAAGAUCUACUACCUGCUCACCAAGGGUUUAGAUACUGUCUUAUGUACUCAGGUACUCAUUAGUCUGAAACGUGCAGUGAUAUGCCAAGGUUGUAUGAGGACACAAACUUGACAAAUUAUUGAUUCCAAAGCCAAAAGCAUUUAAACACAGGUGUCAUUCAUAUGUAUUAAUGGAUGCUUCUUUGGUACAGAAUAUCCCUUUGAUCCAAGUAUAGUUUUUAUUUCAUGUAAACUCAAUGAUACUGUUCCUUUGAAAGUGUUAAUGUAAAUUGACUGCAAUUUCUUGAUCUUAAGUGCCACACCAUGAGAAAGAAAUGUUUGAGAAUAACUUGAAACUCGGUAGGAAUGACUUACUAACAAAGGUUGAAAGUACUUUAAAGGUCAUGUGAUGUCCACUGUUCUGGUGAGAAUAUGGGAUUCAACAGUAGAAGGCGCUGUUUAACUAUACAUUACUGCGGUAGACUCAUUGAGGGAUUUUCUGGAUACUGUAGCACAGUUGGUACUUUCUGAUAAGAGCCAAUUUUUCUUUUUUUGAAGAUUGAUGUGGUAUAAUUAAAUGUUUGCCUAACCUUUACAUAAGGAGGAAAACUAACUUGCUAACUAAUUUUUAUUUCCCCCAUUGCCUUGUUAUUGCAUGUGUAGAUAAAUAUUUUAUUUAUUGAUUUAAUAUACUCAGCAUUCAUUAUGUUGCAAUGUGUUCAUGCCUAAGCCAUUAAAGAUUUCAAAUAAACAAUAUUUUCUUUAACAUUUUA